AUGUUUGCCCGACGCCUCUUUCCGCGACGCGGACGCCUCCCGCCCACAUCACGCCGCCUCCCGAAGGGAAAUACAUCGCCCGCUACUGGUACCAGAUACCAAUCGACGCAGAUAUCAAAACAAGCCACGCGCAUAGACCGCAUCACGGCCCGCCUUCCCCGGCGUCUUCAACCGUACACACGAGGGCUCCGCGACGCGCCGGUAUCUCACAUCGUCUCGUUCCUCAUCCUGCACGAGCUGACGGCCGUCGUCCCGCUGCUGGCCCUGUUCGGCCUCUUCCAUUACGGCGCAGAUCACGUUCCCCUCGGGCGCAUAGCCGCCGACUGCAAUGACACGUACCUGGGCGACUACGUGCGCGGUGGGGUGGCGCGGUUCGAGAGCUACUUCUCCCGCAAGGGGUGGUUUGGGUUCGGCCGCGAUGACGACGGGGCAACCCCAUUUCUCGCCGAGGGACGGCAGCAGCUCCAGGACAAGGGGGGCAGCAGGGAGCAGACGGACAAGGCUGUCCAGAGGUUUCGCAGCGGCGAGGAAAAGUACAGGAUCCUUGUCGAGGUGGCCUUGGCAUAUGCCGUGACAAAGGCUCUGCUGCCCAUUCGCAUCAUCGCCAGUGUUUCGGCAACGCCGUGGUUCGCGGGUGUCUUGGGCCGGGCUCGUAAAGCGGUGUCAUCACGUAAAUCUUAG